CAACAUGUCGUAUGCCAAAUGCCGCGGAUUCGCGCAAUUCACUCACCCAAAUCACCAAACGACACAGUCCCAGCAGUCAAUUAGUCAAAUCCUUUCCCUUCAAUCACUUGAGCUUUUAAAAAUUGUUCACUUCCCAAAAGCAAUUCAAUUUCAAUCGUAAUCCCAAUCCCACCACCACCAUUUCUCAAAUCACAGAGAAUUCGAUUCUCCCGUAAUUUCUCAACGCAAUUCCGCAAAGAUCCAAGCCAUCUGAAGCUACCCAACUCUGCAAAUUGUACCAGCAGCUUGCUUUGAAUUGGGAAGAUGGAGGGGACUGUGUUCGCUCCUGCCUUGGAAGGAUUCAAGACUGUCAAGUCUGAUGGAGGAGAGAUUCUGACCAAGCCUUUCUUGGAAGUGUGCAAGCAGAUUCUGCCUGUUAUAGAUAAGUUUGGAGCUGCUAUGACACUUGUUAAAUCGGACAUAGGCGGUAAUAUAACGAGAUUGGAAUCUAAAUAUUCAUCGAAUCCUUCCAAGUUCAACUACUUGUACAGCUUGGUGCAACUUGAGGUUGAAACAAAAACUGCAAAAGCAUCAUCCAGCUGCACCAAUGGUCUUCUUUGGCUGACAAGAGCCAUGGAUUUCUUGGUGGAGCUGUUUCGGAACUUACUAGAUCAUCCAGAUUGGACAAUGUCACAGGCUUGUACAGAUUCCUAUGGCAAGACCCUGAAAAAAUGGCAUGGAUGGCUUGCUAGUUCAAGUUUCAGUGUUGCCAUGAAGCUUGCUCCUGACAGGAAGAAGUUCAUGGAGGUGAUAGGAGGCAAUGGUGAUAUCAUGGGUGAUAUAGAUAAAUUUUGCACUACCUUUACGCCUCUGCUUAAAGAGAAUCACAAGUUUUUGGCUAGUGUUGGCAUGGAUGAAUUGAAGGCUUCAUGAAUGAGAAGGUUUCCUGAUGAGAGGAGGCUUGUGCAUUCGGUUGCUUUGCCUUCCAUUUCCUUCUCCUUGGAUCAUGUCCUUGUGGCCUAAUCCUUCAACUUCAAAGAUGAAAAAUAAUGCGACUUUUUCCUGAAUUCAUAUUGCUAUUUGAUUAAUGUUUUAAUGCUAAAUUUUUACUUAUAAUUGGUUGCUACAGAGACAGUUAUUAUUAUUUGGUUCCAUAUGUCUUGCCUGUGCCGUGGAAAGUUGUUUUCUUCCCUGCUUC